AUGGUUCUCCCCGCUGCCCGGGCCCGCGGCUUGGUGGCAGCAGCCAAAGCGGCCCAGAGGCGCCGCCGCGUGGACAGUGGGGGAGGGUCCCCAAGUCCUGAGCCCGCGAGCAGGCGCGCGGCGGUUUACGUGCACUGGCCAUAUUGUGAGAAGCGAUGCAGUUACUGUAACUUCAAUAAAUACAUCCCUCGCGGUGUGGAGGAGGCUGCCAUGCGGAACUGUCUGGUCACUGAGGUGCAGACGCUGCUGCGGCUCAGCGGGGUGCAACGGGUAGAGUCUGUGUUCUUUGGUGGGGGAACCCCCAGUCUAGCCAGUCCCCAUACUGUGGCUGCUGUUCUGGAGGCUGUGGCACAGAUAGCUCACCUGCCUGCAGACUCGGAAGUCACGCUGGAGGCUAAUCCCACUUCGUCCCCAGCCUCCAGGCUGGCAGAAUUUGGAGCAGCAGGAGUCAACAGGUUGUCCAUUGGCCUCCAGUCUCUAGAUGACACUGAGCUGCAGCUGCUGGGGAGGACACACUCGACCAGCAGUGCUCUGCGGACGCUGGCAGAAGCCCGGCGCCUCUUCCCUGGCCGCGUGUCCGUGGACUUGAUGCUGGGGCUGCCAGCACAACAGGUGGGGCCAUGGCUCAGGCAGCUGCAGGAACUGCUGCACCACUGUGACGACCAUCUCUCCCUCUACCAGCUGUCCCUGGAGCGGGGCACUGCACUCUUCGCCCAGGUGCAGCGGGGUGUUCUUCCUGCCCCUGACCCAGAGCUCGCCGCUGAGAUGUACCAGGAGGGUCGGGCGCUGCUCCGGGAGGCUGGCUUCCGCCAGUAUGAGGUCUCCAACUUUGCCAGGAACGGGGCGCUCAGUACCCACAAUUGGACUUACUGGCAGUGCGGUCAAUACCUUGGCAUUGGGCCCGGGGCCCAUGGGCGAUUUACGCUUCAGGGGGCUGGAGGCCAUGCCUGGGAGGCUCGGAUCCAGACACUGGAACCAGACAACUGGAUGAAGGAAGUGAUGCUGUUUGGUCAUGGCACCCGGAAGCGUGUCCCCUUGGGCAAACUGGAGCUGCUGGAGGAGGUUUUGGCCAUGGGGCUACGCACUGACGUGGGGCUCACCCACCAGCACUGGCAGCAAUUUGAGCCCCCGUUGACCCUGUGGGACAUUUUUGGAGCAAACAAGGAAGUAAAGGAAUUACUGGAGCAGGACCUAUUGCUGCUGGACCACAGGGGUCUCCGGUGUUCCUGGCAGGGUCUGGCUGUGUUGGAUUCUCUACUGCUGACCCUCCUGCCUCGACUCCAAGAGGCUUGGCACCAGACAACCCCAUCACCUGCACCAGGAGGAUGAGAAGAUGUUCCUGUAUCCCAGGGCAAUGCCAGGUGGACUUGGGGGUCUGGACCAGCACUACAGGCAUCUCUGCUGGCAGGUGCUAAUCUCUGCUCCAAGUAGUCAUUGCCUGGCCCUGGGAUCCCCAGGGGUGUGGCUACAAUGAGGUGGGUGGGAGGAUAUUUGGCUGGGAACUGGCAUCCCACCCAGCUUUUCAGACUCACCAGUGUAUGUUCCAUGACUGGGAAUUGUUCAUCACCCAUAACAGCUUUUUUUUCUUUUUUUUUGGUACUGGGGAUUGAACCCAGGGGUGCUUAACAACUGAGCCACAUCCCCAGGCCUUUUUAUUUAUUUUGAGUCAAGGUCUCACUAAGUUGCUAAGACUUGAACUUGUGAUUCUCCUGCCUCAGCCUCCCAAGCUGCUGGGAUUUCAGGCAUGCACCAGUGCACCUGGCUGUUUACAUUUUUGGUACCAAAUAAUGACCAGUGUUUGGAAAUCUUUAUGUAGGCAGUUGCCUCCCUGAGAGGCCUUCCCCUGUUGUGAGGUCCUGGACAGCUGUAUGAAUCAGAUCCUUUCCAGGUAUCUUAAAUAGGAAGGGAUUUAAUAUGGAUAUGUGACAUUUAGAAAACCAUUGGGUUUUUUAGAGUCAAGGCCACUUGUCCCAUAGAAUGUCCCACAUUCUGGGUAUGUCUGAUUGUUUCCUAAGGAUUGAAUUCAGGUUGAAUAUUUUUAGCAAUACUGAUACUCGGUGUUGUGUAACUCAGGGUCCCUAAUGCUAGGCCAACCCACUAUCAGUAAUGCUAAUUUUGACCACUUAAUUAAGGGGAUGGAUGUUCUGUUUCUUCAUGGAUAGAUAUAGUUUUCCUUGAAAUUAAAUAACACAACAGAUGAUGUGUGAUAUCUUGAGACCAAUUGAAUAUCCUGUUCUCCAAUAAUCACUUGCUCAGUGAUUUUGGCAUCUACUGAUGAUCCUUGCCCAAAUCAGUUCUUAAUUUGGAAGUUGCAAAAUGUUAAUUUCUGACUGUCAUUCUUUCUACAUUCUUUAUCCAUUAAAAAAAAAAAAAAAAACAAACCUUUCCAUUUUAGUCAAAGGGCUAAUCCUCCUUGUGACCUGGAAAUUGGUACCAGAUGUGAGUGUGUGUGCCUAUGUUUGGUGGGGUUGGAGGUACAUUUUCCUGGCAAGAAGCCACAUAACUUUUGGGGGGAUUGGGGGGAGACUAGGGAUUUAAUCCAGGGAUAAUUUACUACUUAGCUAUAUCACUAGCCCUUUUAUGUUUUGAGACAGGAUCUCACCAAAUUGCUUAGGGCCUGACAAAAUUGCUGAGGCUGGCCUUGAACCUGUGAUCAUCCUGUCUCAGCCUCCUGAGCCACUGGGAUUAUAGGCAUGCACCACCAUGCCCAGUUAGGAAGCUCUGUAACUUUAACUCAUUACCAUGUCAGAGGAUACCAUGAUGCUAAAGGUAAUUUAGUUCCACUGCAGAUUGAGGCAUAUAGACUUGGCCUUUAGGAGGUGAUGGGGGAUUGGGUUCCCCGUCUCUCAGAGGUGAGCACAUGCCUUUCCCUGUACUCAGUGGGUGUGAAUGUCAGGUCUUCUCUGACCCUGUGGUAACAUGGUAAGCAUCACUCCCUCUCUUUUUCAUCAUGAAAUAUUCAGCUGGCACUAGUUGUGUGCCAAGCCUUGUACCAGGCUCACAGAGAAGAAGAAGACCUGCCUCAGCCCUUAGGGAGAUGUUGACAGAUGUGGAAGAGGUUCUUCCCAGGUUGUCAGUCAAGGCACCAUGGCAGGCUGUGGGAGCCUGAGGCAUCACUUGGUUCUGAAGGGCUGGGAGCAAGAAAAGGUGUUUUUUUCUUACCACCUCCUGUGCCCCUACUGCCCUGGAAAGCCUGGCCUUGGGACAGCUUGUAGGGUGACCUGUGCUGCCCAGAGACACCUCUUCCUGAGCCUUCCCCUGAUCUUGAUAUUCAAGAAGUGAGCAUGGGUGUGCCAUCAGAUAACCUGGGCCCACUCAGGUUUCUCCCAGCUGCCAGGGCUCGUGCCACCUGAGAUGUCUGGGCACUGCAUGCUGGGCACCUCACGAGACCUGUUCCGAGGGCUGGGCACAAGCCAGGAACAGGUAGGGGUGGCACAGAUCACCUUCUGUGACUCAGCCUGGUCCCACCCUCUCCUUAUGAAUCAGAAUCUCCUGAGAGCAGCGCCCAGGAAUCUAGUUGUUAAAUGCUUCCUAAGUGGCUCCAGUGACCAGUUGGGUUGGGGAAGCCCUGAUGAGUGACGUUUCCCACCUUCCAUCAUGGGAGGCUGGGGUUGGGACGAAAGAGGUACUCCGAGACAUGCAUGGGAGUGGGGUCCUUCUCUCCACAUCCUGGUUCUUCCAUGGCUCAUCCAUCAAAGGGUCCUGCUCCUCCCUUAUUGGGACUCUGAUUGUCAUCUUCUCACCCUCCUUAUGUGGGCAGAAGUAAAAGGGGUAGGGCUGGGGAUGUGGCUCAAGUGGUAGCGCGCUCGCCUGGUGUGCGUGCGGCCCGGGUUCGAUCCUCAGCACCACAUACAAACAAAGAUGUUGUGUCCGCCAAAUACUAAAAAAUAAAUAUUAAAAAAUUCUCUCUCUCUACCUCUAUCUCUCUCACUCUCUAAAAAAAAAAAAAAGAAGUAAAAGGGGUAAACCGCCUGCUUUGGUAAUAAGGUGAUGAGAGAAGUUGGAGACAAGCGGUACAUGUAGUCACAUGUACUGUGGGUACAGCUUGAAGGACCAAGCGUUCCACCUGCAAAGGAGAGCACUGACAAUUUUAAAGCCUCCACGUGAGCCCCACCCCCUCCCCCAGGGAGUGUGAUGUAGGCAGGACAGCUGUUUCAAUUUCCAUUUUACAGGCAGGAACAUUCAAAGAAGUUUUCUAACUUGACUCAAGUCUGGAAAAUGCAGUCAUGUGUCACUUACCCAUGGGGAUGUGUUCUGAGAAGGGCACUGUUCGAUGGUUCAUUGUUUUGUGAACACUGAGAAUCUACUUUCACAAACUAAGAAAACUAGGAUGUGGCCUAGGGACUACCACUAUAUACGAAGUCCAUCAUUGACCAAAACAUUAUUCUGGAGUAAGUUGCAGACCUGGUUUAAUACUUCUGGACAUCCAGAACUUUCUGUUAAAUUCAGAACUUUCUGCUUCACCAUCAUUUUAUACUUACUAUGGGUCCAGGUCAAUUCGGCCAUCCAUCCAUUUAAUUAAUCCUAAAAACUCUUUUUUUCCUUCCUUCUUUCCUGUUCUGGGGAUUAAACCCAGGGGCUUGCACAUGCUAGGCAAGCAUUCUGGUAAUUCCGUGUGCCUGAAGUUGCCCAGAUUGGCCUUGAACUUGCAAUCCUCCUGCCUUAGCCUCCCAAGCAGUUGGGAUUACAGGUGUACACCACCACACCUGGCUGGCAUGCCUUUUAAAUUAGGCCAAAUCCUAACCUCUUUCUGGUUUCUUUGUCUCAUGUUUGAAGCUGCCAUCUCUGCCUGGUACUGGUAGCUUGGGCUCAAUGUCCAAACAGUUAUGCCUUGGUAUCUGUAGGGGCAUUGGUUCUAGGACCCUCUCAGAUGCCAAAAUCUGAGAAUGCUCAAGUCCCUUAUGUCAAAUGGAGUGGUAUUUGCAUAUAACCUAUGCAUAUCCUCCUGUAUAUUUUUAAUCAUCUCUAAAUUAUUUAUAAUACUUAAUACAGUAGAAAUGCCAUAUAAAUGGUUGUUCGUAUUGGUCAGGGAAUAAUAAGAAACGAAAGUCUGCACAUUUGGUCAGAUUCGAAAAAAAUAUUUCCCCCAAUAUUUUGCAUUGUCAGUUGGUCAGAGCUGAGAUGCAGAACCCGUGGAUACAGUAGCCACUGUACUCCCCCUCCUCGAGCAGCUCUAACAAUAAGACCCCACACUACCCAGGCCCUACCUCUGUGACUAGACCUGCAUUCUCUCCCUACCUAAUUCUGCAGAGAAAAGAAGGUCAAGUAAUCAGAUGAAAUAACUUAGGUGGUAGAUUGCAUUAUUGUUCAAAAUGUUUGCUACCCUCCUCAGAGUGCCCUUCCUGAGGCCUAUGGGAGGAUCAUAAAAUUCCUGCACCAUCAUCAUCAUCAUCAUCAUUAUCAUUAUUUUGGAAACAGAAAUUGAACCUAGGGGCACUUAAUCACUGAGCCACAUCUCCAGUCCUUUUUAAACAAACAACAACAACAACAACAACAAAAAUACACAUUUUUUUUCUGAAAAAAAAUAUUUUCCCUGAGGCAGAGAAACCAGAAAGGGUUUAGGAUUUGGCCUAAUUUAAGGAAGAGGAGUUGCUGAGGCUGGCUUUGAAUUCCUCAUCCUCCUGCCUCAGCCUCUGGAACUACUGGGAUCACAGGCAUGUGCCACUGUGACCUGCACCUGCCUUUUUGAACCCAGAAAGGGCCAUGAGACUAGCUCAGCCCUGGUUGUCAAAGCUGGUGGGUGGUCCACCAUCUAUCUUAUGCUUCUGUCACAGUGACCUGCAGUGUUCAGUUUUAUCAGAGACAGUUUUAUCAACCUGGGUUCCAGAGUGAAGAAAAUGGGCAGAGGAGCAACCAGCCACAAUAGACAUGAGAUGGAGAGGGAAAUGAACAUUUGUUAAUUUAUUAGAUAACGCAAGAAGGCUCCAAAGCAAGACAUAUAUAGUAUCCCAUUUUUGUAAACUCGUAUACCUAAGUAUGUUCAUUUCUGCAAAGAUACACAACCAGAAUUCUAACAUUUGUUAAUUUACAUGUGUUAGUUUCUACAUUCUUCUGUUGUAAACCAGUAGAUUUUUCAGUUUAUUAGCGCAGCAUAACUAAAACUAAAUUGAUACAGUGACAGGAUUCCAUCAUUCAAAGAUUAACUACUGUUAAAAUUCUAGUGUGUAGCUCUGCAGAAAUUCUUCUAUGCAAAUGAACAUACUUAGAUAUUCAAUCCUACAAAAUUAAGAUAUAUAUAUAUAUAUAUAGAUAUACACACACACACACACACACACACGUCUUGCUUUGGGGCCUUCUUGUAGGCAUCU